UGAGCCUGACACACAGCAGCAGCAGUCGAGCGUACCUUUGUCCAGUUCACUGCUCAUGCAGAUCUCUGAAGAGACCCUACAGGUGCCAUUAACCCAGAGACUGCCAAAGGAGAUGAAUGGACGCAGCCGUUCACAACUGAAAAAAGGUCUUUAGGACUGUAACCAAUAAGAGCAACAACGACAGAACAAGAAGAAACGAUGAGACAAGAAAACAUGCUUUUCGUAAUAACAUUAUGGAUGAUUUUGGAUGCAAAAGCUUCCACAACAUACACUGUCACAUUUCAGAAUUAUAAAAUGGAUGUCAAUGAGAGCUCCUGUGUGAUAAUACCUUGUGAGUUUAAUCAAAAAUCUGUUCAAAAAACAAUUUGGUUAAAAAAUCCAGAGUAUGAUCACACCAUAAACGAAUUUGUAAGGACGAUAGCUUAUGACGAUGAAACAAGUCUCAUUGAUCCAGCGUUCAGAAACCGAACUGAGUACCUCGGCAACAAAGACGGCAACUGUACCUUAAAGAUCAACGAUCUGCAGCUGAAUGACACGGGCGACUACAAAUUUAGAUUUAAAACAGCAACAAAAUCGUGGAUAAGUCUAUCCAAUGUCAGCAUCACUGUUCACGAAAAUCCAUGCAAGGUCAUCAUUACUGGGCCUCCAUCAGUGACCGAGGGGGAGUCCAUUAGUGUAAUCUGCGCCACUAAAGGGCAGUGCCGGUAUUCUCCUGAAUGGAAGCGCCCCUUUGAGUACCAAGUAUCCUCAGAUUAUAAAUCGGAGACAGUCACCAUUACUCCGUCCUGGCAGAAUCACCUGCAAACUCUGACCUGUCAGCUUAAAGGAGACAACGACAAAUGCAACAAGAGGACAUUUGUGCUGCUUGUUAAAGACGUUCCAAACAACGUUCAAGUACGGUUUAACCACACAGAGAAUGGAAAAGUUAAGGAGAAUGAGACUCUGACCGUAACCUGCGAGGUUAAGCACAGCUAUCCUAACGUUAUUUCUUACAGUUUCAUGAGGAAUGAGCAAGACCUACAGAAUGGCAGCUCCUCUGAAUUUGUGAUCAGUAAAGUGUCUGAAAACGACACUGGGGUAUAUUCCUGCAAUGCGUUCAAUGAAUUUGGAAGUGCAAUGUCGCAAAAAUUGAAUCUAGAUGUGCAAUACCCACCUAAAGAAAUGGAAAUAAAUGCUGUAGAAGAUAAAGACAAACUUAAGGAAGGACAAUCCGUCACUUUCAAUUGUAUCUACCAGAGAAGCAAUCCUCUUGCGACCAAGUAUGUUUGGUACAAAAACAGAAUCCCAUUGCAAAAUGAGAUGAAGAAAACGCUAACAAUAAAGAACAUCUCCUAUACGAGCAACAAGGGGAAAAUUGAAUGUGAAGCUCAGAAUGAAAUAGGAGGAACCCGGUCAAAGCAACUGACGUUAAAUGUUAUGCAUUCGCCAAAAGAAACCAAUGCAACAGUGAAUAAUCUGAUUAUUAAAGAAGACACGAGAGUAACAAUCAUAUGUGUCACCAAAGCCAACCCACAGGCUUCUUAUCACUGGUUCAAGGAUGGAAGGCCCUGGAAGAUGGUUGAGGCAUCGGAGUAUAUAUUUAAUAAAAUUAUGAUAUCAGACAGUGGGAAUUAUUUCUGCCAAGCUUCUAAUCAAGAAGGAAACCAAAACUCAUCAAUCAUUCAGCUGGAUGUGAUAUAUGCUCCCAAGGAUGUUCAGCUUGAAAUGAAUCCAAGCUCGAUGGUAAAAGAAGGAGACCUGGUCUUGUUAAAUUGUACCAUAGGAAGAAGUAACCCGCCAGUGAGCUCCGUGACUUGGUACCGGAAUUCAAUUGAAAUUAAAAGAGAAUCGACAAGGAGUUUAGAGUUUGAGCAGAUACAUCAUAACCAAAGUGGCACCUACUACUGUGAUGCCACAAACUCUGUCGGAAAUAAACAAUCAAACAGAAUUGAAAUGAAUAUUUUAUAUGGACCAACAGGAACUUCUAUUGAAACAAAUGUGAAGACGAAUCAAGUGAAAGUGGGCCGCAAUAUCGUCUUAGAAUGUCAUACAAGCAGUAAUCCUGCAUCUCACUUCACGUGGCAUAAAAAUGAUUCUGGAAGUUGGAAACAACAAGAACCAGUCGGAUAUCAGCUUACAUUUCAACAAAUAACCAUCAGUAACGGGGGCUAUUUUUUUUGCACAGCGGAAAAUGAUAUUAACUCUGCAAACUCCAGCAUCUUCUACUUGGAUGUCCUUUAUCCACCAACGACACCCAAGAUGACCUUUGAGAACAACGCGAGAGAAGGCUUUGAGGCGUUCGUAGAAUGCCAAGUCAAAAGUAACCCUCCGGCUCAACUCUCCAUAUCUCACAUUGAUAAAAAGUCCAGAGAUGUCAAAAUGAUGUCGGACAUCAACGUUCUGAAAAUGCGUUUCAUGAACUUGACAAGCAAGGAUGCGGGACAAUACCUGUGUAGAGCGGACAACACGGAGGGGAAGAGCGAAACCAAAGGAGACUUCAUCGUCAAGUAUUCACCAAAAGAUGUGUCACUUACUGUGUCGCCUUCAAGAGUAAUUGAAAACAAACCGGCCAAGCUUGUGUGUGACAGCGAUGCAUACCCACCAAGCAGCAGGUACAGCUGGUUUAAAUUGCAAGGAGACUCACAGCACAAAGUGGGAGACAACAAGGAACUCUUCUUCAGCUCCGUGUCCAUUCAGGACUCUGCUCACUACCUCUGCACUGCGGAUAACUCCAUGGGACAGGGACACUCACAAAAAUCCUACCUGGAUGUGUUAUAUCAACCUAAGAAGGUCAGGGUCCUGCACAACAUCGGGAGCUCUGGCGUGAAACAAGGAGACACCGUUGUCCUUUCAUGUAGCUGCGUCAGUAACCCCCCAGCGAACGUGUACAGGUGGCACAAGAUCACAGAGAACAACAUGAGGAGCGUUGUGGACAAUGAGCAGAACAUCACAAUACACGACUUUUCAGUUCAACACGAGGGUUACUACUACUGCACGGCCCAGAAUCUCCUGGCAGGCGAAUCGAGCCAGCAAAUAUCCCUCUUUCUUUUCAACUGGGGUGCUCUGAAGAUCAUCGUCUCGGCGCUGAUGAUGAUGCUCUUUGUAUCUGUGCUUGUGAUUGUCAUUUUCAUGUACAGGAGGAAGAAAAGAAAAUCAGAUCAGAGUGAGAGCAGAAACAACAGCCAAUGGUCCAAGUUUCCUUUUUGCCUGGGCUACAACAACGCCAUGAGUGAAAACCUCAUGAUGAGAAGGGUGAACAACCAACAGCACAGUCAAGAGCACCUCACCGGGGGCCUCCACAAUCCAGCAGGAUUUGAGAAUUCAGUGCAGCAGACCCCCGACUGCCCCCAAAGGCCCAAGCCUUCACCACAGAAGAGGAUUGGCAAUGAGCCCGACGUGGUCUACAGCACGGUGGUCAAUUCUGGAUGUAAUGAAGAGGCCAGAGAAUUAAAUGAAAAUCUUCAUUCGGAUGUUAAGAAGAAACCGACUUACAACAACGACACUCUUAAUUAUGUUUCUCUGCCAUUCCACAGUGAACACAGAGAGAAGGAAGAAUUGCCAGGGAAAAAGGAAGAUAACAGUCAUAAAGGUUCAGGGUCGCCUUCCAAUAUUUACAGCAAACUGCAGAAACCUUUGAAUGACAAACAGAAAGACAAGUCGGAUUAUGAAAAUGUUAAGAUGCCUCUACAAGCCUGUCAAGAGAAGCCCACCGGACAUGAUGGGGCUGCUAGAGCUUCAGAGGAUUUACACUAUUCCACUGUGACGGCGUACCGCACCAAAAAAAAGAACCUGGAGUGGGAAUCGGAGUCCAGCUCUGAGGAUGAAAGCAAAAAGACCGUGUACUCCGCCAUCAGGCUGUGAGCACAACACGAAAAAUGAAAUCCUGGAAUGGGGACGACUGAGCGGCCUCCGCAGUUGGCAUCUGUGCCGCCGCAGCUUUCUUGUGUUAAACAGAGCUUGGCAUUUUCUUGGCUUAUAUGAGCUGCUUCCUUUCUCCCACUGUUUUUACAACGCCAGUUCUAUCUGUGCCAUCUUGUAUGUUUUCUGCCACAUAAUAAUUCCUUGAUAUGCACGUGGGAACUUGAAGGGCUGGACGUCUUUUGUGGAAUGUAAAACUCUGUUCUUAAAGCACUAGGAUGAUUUCUUACUUGGUUUGUUUCAAACGCACGUUCAAAUGAGGCAUUAAACAAUAUGCCCGAGUCUUACCACCCAUGUUAAUAAAAAAUUUUUAGUGUCUGUGUAGCUCUGUGUGUUUGUCUGCUUGCUGUGUUUCUGUCAUUCCAACAGAUGGCACAUCACCAAUAUCUGUAGCAAUAAAAUACAUUGUAUUUUUCAUUCCAUCAGUUGGUGCAUCACAAGCAUUAACACUGCUAUUAUGCAUCCCAUACCAAAUGGCAUAUAACAGAGACAUAUGUAACAGGUGGCGCAUCACUGACAUUUGUAAUAAUGCAUUUUAUUUCUACAAAUGUUUAUGAUGUGCCAUCUGUUGGAAUGACAGAUACAAUGUAUUUUAUUACUACAUACAUUAAAAAGAUACAUGGUACACUACAAA